AUGUCGACAGAAACGACGGAACCAUCAGCCAUUGUGGAAGGGGACAAGAAUUCUCGGUUUCCUUGUGUGGAGCAACCCACAAGAGUAGCGCUGCACUGCAAUGGAUAUUAUCUGUGGUGCAAGAAGAAUGGAAAACUGAUCUGCAGGAGGAGGCGGAACGACAAGGACGAGUUCUUGCUUCGUUAUGACGACACAGGCACUCUUGCAAUUCAGCAUCACAAAUUCAAGGGGUUACUGACGGUAUUGUCGACAACCAUGGAGGAUGGGACCAUCCAGCGAGCUGCCAAGUGUUUUGCUAGUGAGGAAGACGAGAAAAAGGUCAUGGCCUUGGAAGAAGAAAAAAAGGAAGCUCAAGGAGAAGAAGACGGCGACAAUGAAAAUAACGACGACAACGCAAAAACUGAAGAGUUCAAAGACGAAGAGGAGGAGGAGGAAGAAGAAGAACAAGGUCAAGAACCUCCUGAAUUUCAACCUGACGAUCAACAGUGGUGUUUCGUCAAAGGCGCUGCCGAUUCUAUCAAUGCCAAUGCCAUUAUCAUGAAGUCAAUUUCGACGGGAUUGAAUUUGGGCAUUGACGACGAUGGUCAGAUAAAGUUUGGGGACGACGAUGCUCCUCCACGAAAACUCUAUUGGUCCAUUGAGUGCGUGACGGGUGAACUGUGCUUCCUGUCGAAUCCUCGUUUGAAGUCACAAGCCCGAUGUGACAUGUCCGGUCUGGUCAACAUGGACAACAACAUGAAGGGAUGGGAAGUCUUUCGGUUCAUGGAAGCAGGUCAUGGAUUCGUCAAGAUAUCGAGCUGGAUGCACAGUCAAUGGCUGCUCUGUUCUACCAAAGAUGGAGUGGUAGGUACUUGUAGCCAUGCCGAAUCCUUCAAGGAUUACCGACCAGAGGCAGAUGGAAAAUCAGAUUCUCCAUCUCAGCCCUAUAGAUGCAGCAAAUGGGCUAUUGAGAAGAAUCCUGAUGGCGAAGGGGUGAUUAUUCGCUCCAAGACACAUGGAAGGCUAUUGUGCGUGCGUGAUAAUUAUGAAUUGAGAACCUGGCAUCCAGACGACCACAUGAAGAAAGAAGCGGCAGCAGCCGCAGAAGCAAACGACGAAGAUGACGCCAAAAUCGCCCCAGGCGAUGGUAAAAAGGGCAACUGGCAGAGUUUUAGUUCCAUGAGAGAUUCAAUGAAAGCCAGUUUCGAUGAUGCUCGAAAGAAGAUGGCCAAGAGAGAUGAACCAAUUGUACCAGAAUCCGAAACGACAGCCUGGACCUUGGAAGCUGCGCAUUCGCAAAAUUACUAUUUCUUGUCAUUGGAUAUGCAAGAUCCACAUGCUCAAGCCAAGUCGGUCGGGCCCGGGCUAGAAGUGACACCCAACCUCAGAAAGAAUACAAAGAUUGAAAUCAUCCGAGAGAAUGACAAUAUUACCAAGCUUUGCAUAGUCAAGACGGAUACGAAACCAGCCAAGAACCAGUUUUUGGCGUGCGGAAAUGACGGAACAAUUUCGUUGCUGGAUGUUCGCAACGUGGAGGAAGCGGAAUGGAUCAUGGAAAAGUCGGCGGAUCAAGAAGGCUGCACCCUAUUCAAAUCGGUCGCUACUGGCCGAUACUUAUCGAUGCGUGCAAGAGUAGAAGAAGUAGGAAAGAGGGAAUCGGCUUCAGGAAGGCUCAGCAAUGUAUUCGGCAAAGAGAAAGAAGUAGUGGAAAUCUUGCAUGGCUCGGAGACUUUGGAAGCGACGGCCGCUUGGAAAUUGGAUCCAUGCAUGCCACGAGCUGUUAGUUCGGACAAGAUCAAGACCUUUGCCCUCGGAACUUCCAUUGCCGUCGGAACGACCGUGGCUAUGCCCUUUGCCUUGGCUGGUGUGGCUGGAUUCAUGGGAGCCAUUGGGGCCGAAGUUGGAACCUUUACGACAUUGGUAUUUGCAGGCCUAACAGGAGCUGAGGCCAUUGCUAGUGUGGGUGCGAUUGGUGCAACUGCCUACCUGGUAUUCAAGCCAGAAGAGAAUUCCUUGACAGAUGAUCACAACAAGGAAGAAGAAGAGGAGGAGAAAGCAUGGUCUCAGAGGCCGUUUAGUAACUGGCGCAACUGGUGA